AUGGGUACGGAGAGCGGAAAUAGCUCCUCGGUGUUGGGCCCCAUCUUCACAGAGGAGAGUAAGCACAGCUUCUUGACAUCACACUUGUUCCAUCUUCCCCUCAUCCAGACACGCCAACCAUGGUGCACCGCCCAAGACGACGUGACCAUCGUCGGCGGCGGCAUCGCGGGCAUGGCCCUUACCCUCUUGCCCGCAGCACAGUCCAUCCCCGCCACGAUCUACGAGUUCCGCAGCAAAGUGCCCCCAUCCCCCUACCACGCCGGUGGCGGCAUGAUGCUCUGCCGCAACGCUCUACGCAUCCUCGACUCCUUGGGCCUCUAUGAGCCCCUCCUCUCCAAGGCCUACAGCUUCGACUACGUCUACUACAAGAACGACGAGGAGGACGAGGCCGGGCUCCGCGUGCCAGUGGACAAGGACUACCGGUUCCCUGUCAGCGUGGGGAACCACAAAGGCGUCUUCCUGCAGGCGCCGCAGGGAGCUGACGGCGGCGAGGUGUUGGCGGGGACGCAGGCACCGUUCGACGCGGGGCGGGCGGCACUGGCUUAUGGCGGGAGGCGCUGA